AGUUUCCAACUUUCCAUUAAUGAAAAUUGAAACCAUAGGCGCUGCGUUUCAAGAUUUUCUCAGCAACCACCUAGUCACACCCAAACCCACGCGGCUCCAUUAAACAAAGACAUGUCCAUUACUCACUCCCCUAUUUUAAUAAACCAGCUGUCUCUUCUUCCUCAGUUCUCAUCCGUAUAUAUUCUUCCACUGAACACAUAGCUACACUAAAAAAACACCCAAACCCAGUACCAGUGCUCUCUAAAUAACUCUGUCAAUGGCUUAUAAUUACCAUUUGGCCAUCUGGGUCUCCUUCCUCCUCGCACUCUCGACCUUCCUCAUCAGCCCUAGUGCAGCCACACCUCGAAAGCUCUCGGCCCUCGUCCAACAACAGCCACUGGUCCUCAAGUACCACAAGGGCCCACUUCUCCAUGGUAACGUCACCGUAAACCUCGUAUGGUACGGUAAAUUCUCCCCCAAUCAACGGUCAAUUCUCGUUGACUUUCUUCAGUCUCUCAGCUCCGGCCACCGCGCUCCACAGCCCUCGGUCUCGUCGUGGUGGCAGACCAUUGCGGGGUAUACACGUGGCCCAUGCACCGUCGCUGUAGGGAAUCAAAUCCUCCAGCAGAGCUACUCUCUCGGCAAAACACUCACGAACCAAAAGCUCGCGGUUCUGGCCGCGAAAGGAUCAAAGGGCGGUCGUAAAACGGCGGAGGUCAACGUCGUUUUGACGGACGCUGACGUGGCGGUGGAGGGGUUCUGCAUGAGCCGGUGCGGUAGUCACGGGUCGAGUCGGGGCGGGUCGACUUACGCCUGGGUGGGGAACCCGGGGAAGCAGUGUCCCGGUCAGUGCGCGUGGCCGUUUCACCAGCCGAUUUACGGGCCGCAGACUCCACCGUUAGUUUCUCCAAACGGCGACGUCGGGGUAGACGGAAUGGUGAUCAAUCUGGCUACGGUUUUGGCGGGAACGGUGACGAAUCCGUUUGAUAACGGGUACUUCCAGGGAGCGGCAGGCGCGGGUUUGGAGGCGGUGAGCGCGUGCACGGGUAUUUUCGGGAAAGGGGCGUACCCGGGUUAUCCGGGGGAGGUCGUUUUGGACAAAACGACGGGAUCGAGUUACAAUGCGGUUGGAGUACGUGGACGGAAGUAUCUGCUUCCGGCGAUGUGGGACCCGAAGACAUCCGCGUGUAAAACACUCGUCUGAGCAGUGGCGUCGCCGCCUGGUGGCGCGAGUUGCUAGAAGUAUACAAAUAAUCUAUGUGCAUCAUAAAUAUUUUUGUCUGUAAAAUGUGUGAAAAUAAUAAAAUAUGCUUCGAUUCUAAUAA